UCCGGUUUCCCACAAGGCAGCGGGAAGGGGCGCUGACGCCGGCAGCUAGCGGCGGCUCCAUUAGCCAGCCAGCCAGCCAGUCACUCAGCUCGCUAGCUGCACGGCUAGCCGCGGUACGAGGGACGGGCCGUGGGGUUGUGUUCCAGCAGCGUCCGGCCGUUUGAUGUUUCAGGUCAUGGAUGUGAACGGGAUCCUGUCACGGCUCCAAACCCAGGACGAGGAGGAGCUCGACGCGCUCCUUCACAAGUACAAUCAGGAGAACAGCCACACUUUCGCCUUUGACCAGAAGGAGGAACAUUUGAGAAGUAAGCUAUGUCAAGGUUUAUUAACGGUGCUUGGGAAGCAGCUACAACCUCACUCUCAGAGGACCUGCCUGGAGACACUCCGCAUUCUGUCCAGGGACAAGAAUGUCCUGGGACCCGUAGCCACCAGGGAGGGAAUCACGGUCCUGGCAGGGUUGGCGCAGCUCAACUGUGGCAGUGAAGAAGCUGACACUCAGAAUGGCCAUCCAGAACACACCCUGACAGGAGAGAAUGAGAGGGUGGUGGUGGAAGCCUUGAAGUGCCUCUGCAAUGUUGUCUUCAACAGUACUGCAGCACAACAAGUUAGCGCAGAUGUGCAACUGGCACGGGGUUUGUGUGCACGUUUGCGUGCCAUCUGCACAGGAUGCCACGAAGUGGGCUUGUUCUCACUUCGUCUUCUUUUCCUGCUCUCUGCCCUGCGACGUGAUGUGAGAGAAGACCUGCAGAGGGAACAGCACCCAGUCAGGCUAUUGACAGAGCUGCUGGAGCACACGGUGGCUCUGCGCUGGGUGGGUCCAUAUGAAGUGGCCCCUCCAGAACCUCAGGCCUUGCCCAUUCCUGCAGAAGACAACGAGCGGUCCAUGGAGGCGUUGAAAACCUUGUUCAGCCUCACACUAUCUGACGCUCGUGAUGAGGACAGUGACCACCAGUUCCGUCGUAUUGCUGCCAUCAUGCGUCAUCUCUUGAUGCUUAAAACUCAGACAGAGGAGAAAACGGAGGAAGCACACAGCCAUGCUAUUAACCUGCUUUGUAACCUGCCUGUGUCCUGCCUGGAUGUACUAAUCGAUGUGCCUAUCCAAGGGGGCCUGGAGAAAUAUAAUGGAAAGAACAUGGAUGUAAUACAGGUGCUGCUAGACUUCAUGGAGAAAAGGAUAGACAAGCAGGGUUCCAAUUACAAGGAAGGGCUGACACCAGUCCUUAGCCUUAUGGCAGAGGGCUCCAGGCACCACAGGGAGAUCCGCAGAUAUAUAAAGGCUCAGGUGCUCCCCCCGCUGAAAGAUGUAAAGAUCAGGCCAGAGAUUGGCACCACCAUCAGAAACAAGUUGGUACGCCUCAUGACCCACGUUGACAUGGGCGUAAAGCAGAGUGCUGCAGAGUUUCUCUUCGUCCUGUGCAAAGAGAGCGUGGACAACCUGUUGAAGUACACAGGGUAUGGCAAUGCAGCAGGACUGUUGGAGGCACGAGGGCUUCUGGCAGGAGGGAGAGGGGAGACUCAGUACUCAGACGAUGAAGACUCAGAUACUGAGGAAUACAAAUCUGCGAAACCCUUCAUCAACCCCAUCACGGGUCAUGUCGAGGAGCCAAUGCCAAACCCCAUGGAAGAGAUGACAGAGGAGCAGAAGGAGUAUGAGGCCCAGAAACUUGUCAACAUGUUUGACAAGCUGUCACGGCAGAACCUGAUCCGACCCAUGGGGGUUAAAAAGGAUGGGACACUAGCGCCACUGGACGAAACUCUGUGUCAGCCAGCUGACGACAGCUCAGGAUCGGACACUGACUAGUGCGUUCCAGAUCUAGGCCACCAUUUCCCAGAUGUGCUCGCAGGACCCUAACACAUGCUGUGUUCCACAGGAAACCACAGGGCCAUCCAUGCCAACAAGCCACUUGGGAAAACGAGCCGGACUUGGGCGUGAAGAAAAAGAUCAUUCCUUACCUGUGUAUAAGGUUUUUUGUUUACUUCAGUUUUUGUCUAUUUAGAUCGACUUAAUAUAAGCGCACAUUAAACUAGAAUAAAGCAAAGCGUUGUGAGCUCCACCCGGUCAAGUGAAUUCGUGGUUUAAAAACCAGCGUCAGUCCACCGUCUAUAGAAGGAAUGAGGCAUUUUUAACGGUUGAGCAGUGGUCGUUUAAUUUAUAAACACAGCAUAUAAUGAAGAGUUUCAGUUUGUUUAGUCAGCAGCAGCACAAAAACUAAAUAUUGAGCCCUGAUGAUUUGUUCUGUAACGUCAGUUGUAUUGUUUGCUGUUUCAUGCAAGCACAUUUAAGAAAGAACUAUCUAGGGAAGUGAUGCUGAAACAGUUUCUUGUGGUGGUUCAAUAGUGUCUGAAUCGUUUCUGCCUUAUCCAUUGUGGACUCUUCACGAGAAAACGAGUAUUUAAAUGGGUUUUUAACGUACUUUUUAUUUGCCAAUUCUGCAUGGGCGUUAGUGAAUUCUCCAAAUUGUGUGAGUUUUCUAGAUUGAGGAAAUGAUCUGGAUGAUUCUAUAAAAAAAAGUCCGCAAGUUAAGCAUGUACUGAUUUAAAAUUUUCUUGGAAAGCAUCCCUAUAUAACUUUUCUAAAAACAUUUACUGCCAAUUAAAAUACUAUAAAUUUGCUUGAAUAUUUAUUUGAGGAGAGAACGUGGUUUAACCGCUGUGGUAGCAGGAUUAAUCGUGGGGCACGCUUGAUAUCGAUCAAGAAAAGGAAAAAAAUGACUUGUACACACCACAUUUGCCUGCUCACUCCGUGUAAGUACAGACAGAAUUAUAGAUUUGAUGUUGGUUAAUUCUCUGGGACUGGCUUUCCACUGACAGUAUAAAGUUAUACUAAAUAAUGGCAGAGAUCUGAAUUUCUUUGUGCAGAUCAGCAUUUUUCCCAUUUAGACAGCAACAAACAAAAAUCCGAUCUGGAAAAAUUUAAACAAGGUUUCUUUGCUUUUUUUCAGCUUCCGCAACUUAAUGACAGGUUUCUUGCACAAUAGCAUAAAGACAUAAUGCAUGCUGGUCACUUCCGCUGUUUGUAAGGAAAAUGUGAUGGGGGAACGUUCUUUUUGCACGUUGUCUACAAACAGGAUAUGUAAUCACCCUUUCCUAAAUGUAGUGAAGCAUACAAUGCUGUUAUUAAAAUUGGAAGACAGGAAUACC